CUUCACUUCACCUGGAUCCAGACCUCACCUCUUCCGGUCGGCCCUUUUUCUUUUCUAUCUUCACUCCUCGCUGUCUCCUAACUUCUUCGUCUGCGAACAUAAAACCAACCCACAAAUUCUCCUCCCGUCCUCACUUCUCGCGACGCAAAUACGAGCCCCGUCCCCGAUCGCCCGAACGAUUGGGGAGGAAAACCUCUACCCCCCGGCACAUUUGGGUUGAAGCUUAGCGGCAAAGGCGACAAGCACAAUCGCCUUUUUUUUUCAGCUACCCUCUAGGGUCUAGCCCACGAAACUUGCCGGAACUCUUGCUCACUACGAGCUUGUACAUUUGCCGAGCUCGGCCGCCGAGUCGCCAUCAUGGGUUACACGAUUGCUGAGCUUGACAGUGUUGUCAAGGCCUUCUAUGAGGGUCGCGGCGACCAGCAAAAAGCUGCGCAAGCUGCCUUGAACCAGUUCAAAGAAGAUCCAGAUGCCUGGUUGAUGGUAGAUCAGAUCCUCUCCGAGGCGACGUACUCGCAAACGAAAUUCCUCGGCCUACAGAUCCUCGACAAUGUGAUUAUGACAAGAUGGAAGGUCCUACCUCGCGAGCAAUGCCAAGGCAUCCGUAACUUUGUCGUCAACUACAUUAUAAACUGCUCCAGCACCGAGGAGUCGCUACGAUCUCAAAAGACGUUGCUAAACAAGCUGAACCUGGUCCUCGUGUCUAUUCUGAAGCAGGAAUGGCCUCACAACUGGCCGACGUUCAUCAACGAGAUCAUAUCAUCAUGCCGCACAAAUCUUUCCAUCUGCGAGAACAACAUGAUCAUCCUGCGCCUACUGUCUGAAGAGGUUUUCGACUAUUCGGCCGAGCAGAUGACGUCAACAAAAACCCGGAAUCUGAAGGAAACCAUGUGUGCAGAGUUCUCACAAAUUUUCCAGCUGUGUACCGAAAUCCUGAACACCGGCAACCAAGAAAGUCUGGUCAAGGCUACUCUGGAGACUUUGCUUCGCUUCUGCAACUGGAUUCCCCUCGGAUACAUCUUCGAGACUCCCCUCAUCGACACUCUACGAACACGCUUUCUGGAGCUCCCGGCGUUCCGUAACGUAACUCUCCAAUGUUUGACCGAGAUAGGAGGCCUCCAGGUUGGCGGGCCGACGCAAGUCAGCAACUACGAUGAACAGCUGGUCAAGAUGUUCACGGAAACUUUGGCGACCAUUGCUACCAUAAUUCCCGUCGACAUGGACCUGAGGACGACAUACCCACAAAGUAACUCGCGCGAUCAGGAAUUCAUCCAAAAUCUGGCCCUGUUCCUCUGCAACUUUUUCUCCAUGCAUCUGAACCUGAUCGAGAGGUUGCCUAACCGCGACUAUUUGACGCAUGGGCACUUUUACCUUGUUCGCAUCUCCCAGAUUGAGGACCGGGAGAUCUUUAAGAUCACGCUAGAUUACUGGUUGAAGCUGGUGCAGGAGCUUUACGAGGAGAUGCAGCAGCUCCCCCUCUCAGGCGACAAUCCUCUCAUGAACCAUGGCUCGGCGCUUUCACAAGGCGGUGCCCUGCCGCCUCAAGUGUUGGAGCAGUACCCGCUCCGAAAGCACAAGUACAAGGAGAUCCUGAGCAACCUACGAGUCGUCAUGAUUGAAAAGAUGGUGCGUCCCGAGGAGGUUUUGAUCGUUGAGAACGACGAGGGUGAGAUUGUGCGCGAGUUCGUUAAGGAAAGCGAUACCGUGCAACUCUACAAGACAAUACGCGAGUGCCUUGUGUACCUCACCCAUCUCGACGUGACCGAUAUGGAGACCAUCAUGAUCGACAAGCUUGCCCGCCAGGUAGAUGGCAGCGAGUGGUCUUGGCACAACUGCAACGUGCUCUGUUGGGCUAUCGGCUCCAUCUCGCUGGCGAUGAACGAAGAGACCGAGAAGCGGUUCCUAGUGACCGUCAUCAAGGAUUUGCUUGGGCUCACCGAGAUGAAGCGUGGCAAAGACAACAAGGCCGUUGUAGCCAGUAACAUCAUGUACAUUGUCGGCCAAUAUCCUCGAUUCCUCAAGGCUCAUUGGAAGUUUCUCAAGACGGUGGUUAACAAGCUGUUUGAGUUCAUGCACGAGUCCCACGAGGGUGUCCAGGACAUGGCUUGCGACACUUUUAUCAAGAUCGCCAAACAAUGCCGUCGCCAUUUCGUUGCCUUGCAGCCUAGUGAGCACGAGCCUUUCAUUGAGGAGAUUGUACGCAACCUAGGAAAGAUCACGUGUGACCUCACUCCUCAGCAAGUCCACACCUUUUACGAGGCCUGCGGUUUCAUGGUUGCUGCCCAAGGCAACAAGAACCAGCAAGAGCGCCUACUCAAUGAUUUGAUGCAAAUGCCCAACCAGGCUUGGGAGUCGAUCAUCAAGUCGGCCACGGCCAACCCGGCAGUGUUGCAGGAGACAGACACGAUCAAGAUCAUUGGCAACAUCAUGAAGACGAAUGUAUCGGCGUGCACCUCGAUAGGCCCCUACUUUUACCCACAGAUCGGGCGCAUCUACCACGACAUGUUGGAGAUGUACCGCGCGACCAGUGCCCUGAUAUCCGAGGCCGUCGCUCGUGAGGGAGAGAUCGCCACCAAGACGCCAAAGGUUCGCGGCUUGCGAACGAUCAAGAAAGAGAUCCUGAAGCUCAUCGAGACGUUUGUUGAGAAGGCCGAGGAUCUGCAGGCAGUUCGGGUAGACAUGGUUCCCAAACUCCUGGAGACUGUUCUGCUGGAUUACAAGGGCAACGUGCCUGGUGCACGGGAUGCUGAAGUUCUGAGGGCCAUGUCGGUCGUCAUCUCCAAGCUGCAGUCUCUGAUGGAAGACCAGGUUCCCAUUAUUAUGGAGAAUGUCUUCGAGUGCACCCUCGAGAUGAUCAACAAGGACUUUUCCGAGUUCCCCGAGCACCGCGUCGAGUUUUUCAACCUUUUGCGAGCCAUUAACUUGCACUGUUUCCCGGCGCUCCUCAAGCUCGACAACCGGCAGUUCAAGUUUGUCAUUGAUUCUUGCAUGUGGGCGAGCAAGCACGACAACCGGGACGUGGAAGCAGCAGGCCUUAACAUGUGCCAGGAGCUGAUAGUCAACAUUGCAGAGAAGACUGAUGUGGGCACUUCUAAUGCCUUCUUCAACCAGUUCUUCAUCCCGAUCAUGCAAGAUGUCUUUUUCGUUAUCACCGACACAGACCACAAGGCUGGCUUCAAGGCGCAGUCGCAGCUGCUGAUGCGCAUGUUUUACUUUGUCCAACCAUCAGACGGUUCCACUCCCAAGAUUCAGGGACCUGUCUACCAACCCGACCAGGCACCUGCCGGUACGAGCAACAGAGAAUUUUUGUCCAACUUUGUGGGCAACCUCCUGCGCAACGCGUUCUCGAAUCUUCAACCUGCUCAAAUCGUCGCCUUUGUCGACAGCCUAUUUAACAUGAACACACAGUAUGACAAGUUCAGGCUGACUCUGCGCGACUUCCUCAUCUCGCUGCGUGAGUUCCAGGGUGACAACGCGGAGCUUUACCUUGUUGAGAAGGAGCAGACGGAGCGCGACGCUAAGCAGGCGGAGCUUGAGAGGCGAUCCAAGGUCAGCGGCUUGAUGAAGCCGUCAGAACUUGAGGCGGAGGACGACGAGUUGUGACUGAGACAAGAACUCAGGAACGAGUUUGCGCCAAGCUAUGGCUCUACCAAACACGGAGACGACUCGGCGCCUGGCACCGCAUCGAAGCUUGACGCUGGGAAGUCUCAGGUCAGCUCGAGCGGCGAUGGGUGGGAGUUCUAUGAUAUUUAAGAGCUCUUUAGGCACGCCGAGGCUCAUGCGCAAGCAACCCAAUGCUUUCUCCUGGUUUUCCUUUUGAUAUUUCUUCUUCGCGCUUCGUUCCUUUCUUCCAGUCGUUGUCCUUGUAAUGAUACCAAUAGACGAUACUGGCCUUGGCCCUGUCAGGGGGGUUUGUGGUGCCGAUGCCACAUGCAAGGGGCAUUUGUUUGCACAUAUGCGGUUGUGGCAUACAGCACAUUUCUUCUCUACGGAAACUGAGGUCGUGUUACGCGAGUGGGGCUUGGAGAGUUAAAAAGAUGGAAUUGGCGGUAUAGCCAGGUGAUGUGACUUUGGCGCCAAUGAUGCCGCUAUGCUCAGGAGUAUGCGCAGGUUGAGCUUGGCUCGCAUGGGCGCUCAUCACCAAGACCAAGAGAGAAAAACGAGAGCUUGAAACAUGACGGAAGGGAGGGCGACUCUCGGCGUGAUAUUCACAGUACUGCUGCCGGUGAGAUUACCGGCUGGGUCAUAUUCUUUCCGCUUAGUUGCCGUUUCUAUAUCCCUUUCUCGUGUAACUAGCUUAGCAUAAAAGAGACGGUCUAAACUGAAGAACGAAUAAAGAGUUUAACCGGUG